AGCAGACAAAAACGCGAGUUUCAUUUCAGGAAGACGACAGAUUGGCUUUACAAGUGAAACGCUGGCUUCAUGGCUGCUGGAGGUAAUGCCAUCAACAUUCAACCACAGAGAAACGUUUUCUCAGCCAUUCCUGAUGGAAAAGUGCCACCUGAUUAUGUGCCUCCUCAGAUGGGAUUGAUGCCCAAUCCACAGAGACCUGUAAACUGCCCUCCGGGCCUGGAAUAUCUUACUCAAAUUGAUCAGCUUCUUGUUCAUCAGAAAGUGGAGUUAGCUGAAGCAAUAUUGGGAUGGGAGACCAAUAAUAAGUAUGUGGUGAAGAACAUCAUGGGUCAGCAGGUGUUCUAUGCGGCUGAGGAGAAUGACUGCUGUAACAGGCAGUGCUGCGGACCUAUGCGCUCCUUCGUCUUACAUAUUCAGGAUAAUCACGGCCUUGAAGUGAUCACCCUAAAGCGGCCAUUGAAGUGCUCCUUGUGCUGCUUUCCCUGCUGUCUCCAGGAGCUGGAAGUACAAGCACCACCCGGAAACCCUAUUGGAUAUAUCAUUCAGAACUGGCAUCCCUACCUACCCAAGCUGACCAUUCAAAAUGAGAAAAGGGAGGACGUCUUGAAAAUUGUGGGCCCAUGUUGUCCAUGCAAAUGCUGUGCAGAUGUGGAUUUUCAGGUUGUGUCUUUGGAUGAACUCACACAAGUUGGCAACGUCUCUAAACAAUGGACUGGUCUGAUGCAAGAAGCCUUCACUGAUGCAGACAAUUUUGGAAUUAAGUUCCCCUUGGACCUGGAUGUGAAAAUAAAGGCUGUCUUAUUUGGGGCCUGUUUUCUCAUCGAUUUCAUGUUCUUCGAACAUGGCAAUCAAUAAGAAUUUUCCCUAUAUCAAGCUCUGUGGACCUGGGAAUGCUGCUUGUGUGACACUAAAUGAAUGUGUGUGCUGCAAAUCUUUGCUUAUCGCCAACUCUUUUGUAGAAUGGCUGUGUACACUCCACACCCCCAGUUCCUUGUACUGUUCAGCACUGUGGAAGAAAUGUACAUAAGUAAAUGUGUUAGUAGCUAAACUUUUUAUUUGUUAUCGUAGAGCUGAUUUUUAUAUACCCUAAUUUAGAACUGAAGUCAAAACAUUAUUUUAGUUUUUCUUUCCAUUUCUGUUAUCAGUAACGAUGCUAUAAACUAAUAAAGCAGGUGCCGAAUAGCUUUGUUAUAAA